AUGCAAUACAGUCAUCAACAACAAUUACCAUCAUCACAUACUUACUUUACUCCUAUUCAAACAACAUCAUCAAUGCAAUAUGCAACUAUUUAUCCGACGACAACAUCUUCCAUUUCUCUUUCAUCAACACAAAGUAGAAAACAACAACAAAUUCACUCAUCAUCUCAAUUAACAUCUAUACAAGCAAACAAUUCAUCAUAUAUGUCACCAAUAGCUUCACCAACAGCUUAUAUGUCUCGUGGUUCAACGCCUCCAUCAUCUGAUUUAAAAGAUACCGAUACAGUAAAAUUAUUUGUUGGACAAAUACCACGACAUUUAGAAGAAAAUGAUCUCAGACCUAUAUUUGAAGAAUACGGACAAAUCUAUGAAUUAACUGUACUUAAAGAUAGAUUUACUGGCAUGCAUCGUGGAUGUGCUUUUCUUACCUAUUGUCAUCGUGAAUCUGCACUUAAAGCUCAACAAGCAUUACAUGAACGACGAACAUUACCAGGCCGCGCAAUGAAAAGAAAAUAUCGUAACAACAGCACUGAUACGUCUCCUUCUACUUCUUCGGAAUCAUCAAUUACAAUUAUGAGUCGUCCUAUUCAAGUCAAGCCGGCUGAUAGCGAAUCACGAACAGAAGAUCGCAAAUUAUUUGUUGGCAUGUUGAACAAACAGAUGACAGAAGAAAAUGUUCGUACUAUAUUUGAACCAUAUGGUACUAUUGAAGAAUGUACAAUUUUACGUGGGCCUAAUGGUGAUAGUAAAGGUUGUGCAUUUGUUAAAUUUUCUACACAUAAUGAAGCUCAACAAGCUAUACAAAAUGUUCAUGGAAGUCAAACAUUUCCAGGUGCAUCAUCAUCAAUUGUUGUUAAAUUUGCAGAUACAGAAAAAGAACGACAAUUAAGACGUAUGCAACAAUUAGCUGGUCCUCUUGGACUUUUAUCAAAUCCUUUAGUACUUCAACAAAUAGCAGCAAAUUUAAAUUAUCAAGGUUAUACACAAAUUCAACAACAAGCUUUAUUAGCAUCAUCAAAUGGUACUCAUCCAACAGCAUAUACAACAAUACCAGUUAUAACAACAUCUGGUCAACAACUAACUAAUGGUACAAUGACACCAUCAACAGGUGAUUGUGACAAUAUGGACUUUCCUAAUUAUUCUUUAGUCAAUGCAUCUCCUGUCAAUAAUGGUUCAGCAACAAUUUAUCAAACAGGACCUGCUCCUAAUGGUCAACCAACAGAUUUAUUUUCUUCGGGAAUGCAAUAUUCAACUGUCGUUGGUCCAACCAUUGAUACAGCCACUGGUUUACAAAUACAACAAACAACCGCUUAUACAACUUUACCUGCUCAAUAUCCUAUUUAUGCUCCAACAGCAAUUUAUUCUCAUUUACCAACUACUACACUCAUUCCAAGUACAUUAACAUCACCAGGAAAAGAAGCUUUACCACAGUUCUUCGGACCUGAGGGUUGCAAUCUUUUCAUCUACCAUUUACCACAAGAGUUUGGUGAUUCCGAACUUGCAUCAAUGUUUAUGCCAUUUGGCAAUGUUAUAUCGGCCAAGGUCUAUGUUGACCGAGCCACAAAUCAAUCCAAAUGUUUUGGAUUUGUUUCUUAUGAUAAUCCUCAAUGUGCUCAGCAAGCCAUACAAUCAAUGAAUGGAUUUCAAAUCGGUAUGAAACGUUUAAAAGUUCAAUUAAAACGUCCAAAAGAUUUGGCUAAACCAUAUUAA